CCGCACCGCGGGGGCCGCGCCGGGGCAGAGCUGCGCGGACAGGAGGAGGCGCGUGCCAGCCGCCAGAGCUCUGGUUCUCGGACGCCGCCUCCGCCACGCACGUGCGGCCGCUGCUGUGCUUAGAGCUCCCGCCCUGCGGCCGCUUUGUUGCCCCUGGGCCGCCGGCACCAUGCACACGCCGGGCUCCGCGGGUCCGGGCGAGACGCGCGCGGUUGACAUCAUGGACAUAUGUGAGUCAAUCCUGGAGAGGAAGCGGCAUGACAGCGAAAGGUCUACGUGCAGCAUCUUGGAACAAAAUGACAUCGAAGCUGUAGAGGCUCUUGUUUGCAUGAGCUCCUGGGGUCAAAGAUCCCAGAAAGGUGACCUAUUAAAGAUAAGACCCCUCACACCUGUCUCUGACUCAGGGGAUGUCACCACCACUGUGCAUGUGGACGAAGCUUCAGCUGAGCUACCAAAGGACUUCCAUUCUUUAUCGACCCUGUGCAUGACUCCUCCUCAGAGCCCUGACCUCGCGGAGUCUUCGACAGGGACACUUGUUCCUUCCCAAAUAACUGAUUCCAAAGCACGCGUGGCCAUGGCCAUCCCCCGAGCCUCUGGUGGGGCAGACAAAGUGCCGAGCAGGAGGGCAGAGAGGGGCCUGCCUGGUUUGAAGCCUGAGCUGCUGGAGCCAGCCCCUGGCCCCCCCUGCAGGCCUGUGGUGACGAGUGUCAUCCGCCACACCAUGGGGAGUCCGGCUCCUGUCCACAUUCCUGCCGUCCAGACGCAAGAACACCAACUUGCAGACAACAGAAAAGGAGAAGCACAGUCUGUGGGACAUACUGAAGCUUUGCAGGACGGUCACCUCACAACCAAUUUACUCAACGUUAAAUCAGUGUCCUGUCAGCCUUGUUUGCAUAAGUCUGGUGGCCUGGUCCCCACUGACAAAAGCCAGCAGGCAUGUUGGCCAGUUGCAAUUCAAACCUGCUCACCAAAGAAUUAUGAAAAUGACGUGCCAAGGAAAGCCACCCCUCUAAUUUCUGUCCCCAGUCUCCCUUUCCUUUGCCAAAUGAUUCCUGUGACUGGACAAAGUGGCAUGGUGUCAGCUUUUUUGAAGCCACCUCCCCAAGUAGCUGCCGGGACUGUCAAGCCCAUCCUACCCCACGCCGCUGCUCCACUGCCCCAGCCUGUGUUUGUGGGCCCGUCUGUGCCUCAGGGAACUGUGAUGCUGGUUCUGCCCCAGGGGACACUCCCCCAGCCGGCCACCUGUUCAUCAAGUGUAAUGGCUGUUGGGAGUACCAAGUUACUGCCUCUUGCCCCGGCUCCAGUGUUCAUUGCCUCCAGUCCAAAUUGCGCUCCUCAGGUAGACUUUUCCCGAAGGAGGAACUAUGUUUGUAACUUUCCAGGCUGCCGGAAAACAUACUUCAAAAGUUCCCAUCUCAAGGCUCAUCUUCGCACUCACACAGGAGAGAAGCCUUUCAGCUGUAGCUGGGAUGGCUGCGAUAAGAAAUUUGCCCGUUCAGAUGAACUCUCUCGCCACCGCAGAACUCACACUGGGGAGAAGAAGUUUGUGUGCCCGGUGUGUGAUCGGCGUUUCAUGCGCAGCGACCACCUGACGAAGCACGCCCGGCGCCACAUGACGACCAAGAAGAUCCCUGGCUGGCAGGCCGAGGUUGGCAAACUGAACAGAAUUGCCUCAGCAGAGAAGCCCAGGAGCCCACUGGUGAGCACGCCAGCCUCUGCCUGAAAGGUCAGCGGGGAGUUGCCGAUGGGGAUUUUCAAAAGCCUCCUUUCGGGGAAGGAACUGAUGGUUUUCUCUCCAAAAGAAAUUGUCUUGGGGCCUAAGGAAAAGUGGGGAGCUGGUUCUGAUGAAAGUGUGUUAACUUUUUUGGUUGAGACCCUGUUCAAUAGCUUUUGUAGUUUCAGAAGUUUUUUACGGAAAUGGAAGAAAAUUUGAUAGUCUAAAUCAAAACCAGCAUUCAAACAGUCAUUUCGGCAGUAAGUUUUACAAUAUCUGGAUUUUUACAACCUUUCUAUUCGUGUUUUAUAGAAAUGCGACGGUACUAAUUUUUAUACUGUUUUUAUGAAAACAUUUAUAAAAUUUCUAGAUGGGUGAUUUUACAAUCUUCUUUUCAGUGUUGAACAAUGUUUUUAUAAUAACCCUACUUUUAGUAGUCUUGGCAUAUUAUUCAGCCAAAAAAAAAAAA